GUGCACUGCUUGUCUACGUUGACCAUGACUUCCUUGCUCGUUUCUGCCUUUGCUCCAUUUCCGACACUGUCACUGACGGUUCCAUUGACCGCGUCGGUCGACUCUCUCAUCUCUCUCUUGCACGACCGGUACCCAGCUCUUCCCGCUUCCGUCGCACUCUCCUCGCACCAUGGGUUGCUGGCCCCAGAUUCGCUCGUUUCCGACCUGCAAUCCGAUGAUUCGACUCUCGUCACACUUCGUCUUACCCCUCGCCUGCUCGGCGGUAAGGGAGGGUUUGGCUCCCAGCUUCGUGCUGCGGGCGGCCGUAUGAGCAGCCAGAAGACCAGCAACAAUGACUCGUGCCGAGAUCUCAGCGGGAGGCGUUUGAACACUAUCAAGGAGGCCAAGAAAUUGGUUGAAUACCUGGAAUCAGAGCCGGAGCGCCAGAAAGCCAAGGCUGAAGCGUCUAAGGCAAAACUGGAAGCCUUGGAGCGCAAGCUUGGCAUAUCUACCAAGAGCUCAUCUUCAGAGGCAGGCCCUUCCUCUGAACCUGCCGUUUUGGCUGGAAAGAAGCAUCGGUUCGACGACACAGAAUAUCUAGAACAAAGCAGAGACCUUGUGGACGGAGUGAAGAGUGCGGUUUCAAUGGCCCUCUUGAAGAAGAAGAAGAAGGCAAAAUUGACGCACUCUGCGGUGGAUGUCACCGCCAAGUCAGUGGUACCCGCUCCGAUCAUAGCCUCCGAACCCGCUGCGGCGACCGAGAUUGGGGCGUAACGUGAUGUACAUUUGUAUUCCAAGAAACGGUACAGACUACUUUGUACAAUAUUGCCAUCAAUAAGCGUUCUCGUUUUCGAUGGCGAUUUGCGCGGCAAGGAUACUGUCUUGCCCAC